GGCCGGCCUGUCCUUCCGCGGCCGGGCGGCAGCAGCAUGGGAGCUGAACAUGUUCUCUGCCAGGAAGUGGUCUGGCGUUUUCAGGGCUGUCAGACUGCAUCAUUUCAGAUCCCGUUCUAUAUCCAGAGCCUCUCCAAACCUGACUUUCGUGCCAGCCUGUCUUCCCCCAGAUCCUGCGGAAGUGGAGGAGCUGCAGCACUUUGUUUCUAACUCCAAGAGGCUGUUUGUAAUGACUGGAGCUGGAAUCUCCACAGAGUCAGGGAUCCCCGAUUACCGCUCCGAGGGCGUUGGGCUCUAUGCCAGGACAGACAGACGGCCGGUCCAGCACGCCGAGUUCAUCCGCAGCGCCAGUGCCCGGCAGCGCUACUGGGCAAGGAACUUCGUGGGCUGGCCCCAGUUCUCCUCCCACCAGCCAAACAAGGCACACCUGGUACUGAGAGACUGGGAGAAGCUGGGCAAGCUGCACUGGCUGGUGACCCAGAACGUGGAUGCCCUUCACACCAAAGCUGGGAGCCAGCGCAUGACGGAGCUGCACGGCUGCAUACACAGGGUUUUCUGCUUGGCCUGUGGAGACCGAAUCUUGCGUUCUGAGCUCCAGGAGCACUUUGAAGCUCUGAAUCCUACUUGGAAAGCUGAAGCGUUUGGUGUGGCUCCAGAUGGGGAUGUCUUCCUGACCGACGAGCAGGUGCGCAAUUUCCAAGUCCCAGCCUGCCGUAAAUGUGGUGGAAUCCUGAAGCCAGAUGUGACCUUCUUUGGAGACACAGUAAGCCAGGAAAAAGUCCGUUUUGUACACCAACGCCUGGCAGAAUCGGACUCCAUGCUGGUAGCAGGAUCCUCUAUGCAGGUGUACUCUGGUUACAGGUUUGCUCUUGCUGCUCGGGAAAAGAAGCUGCCAAUUGCAGUCCUUAACAUUGGGCCCACCAGGUUAGAUCACUUUGCAUCCUUAAAGCUGAAUUCCCGCUGUGGAGAGCUGCUGCCUUUGAUUGUUUGCACGUGACCCAACCAGCUCAGCUUCAGUAGCUAUCAGGAUUAAAGUUAUUUUUACAAGGACUGAUCUCAGACAGGGGAAAACUCCAAUCCAAGAGGCAGCUGUGAGACGCAGUGCACAGCCGCUGAGGGCACCAGGAGAGGGCAGCAAGCCUCACACGUGUCAGCCUCACCAGUUCUCUCCACUGAAACCAUCUCCACGUCUCGGGAAACCGAAUGAGGAUGAAAAAAAACUGUUCCUCCUGAAGCUUGGAUAGAGGAGCUGAGAGUAUCUUACAAUGGAUUUUUCUUCUGCUCCUCUUAAAGUGGGGUUGGAGUUACACAAAGCAAAUAAAAGUUACUUCCUAUUUGGCAAA